AUGGCGUGGUUUCGCCGCUAUUCCACGUGGCUGUCCCUCGUAGUUGCCGUAUUCGCCCUCUUUGGGCCAGCCUCGAGUGUCAAACAUGAGAACUUCAAGACAUGUGACCAGUCGGGGUUUUGCAGGCGAAACCGCGCCUAUGCCGACCACGUAGACACGACUGGUAACUCCUGGGCGUCACCCUACGCACUUGACCCCAAAACCGUAAAAGCUGGCUCAGGACGAUUGACUGGAACGAUACUUAAGACUGUCAAUCAGGAUAAGCCGGUAGUCGAACUCCCCUUGCUCAUACAGUUCCCAGAACCAGGAGUUGCUCGAAUCACCAUUGACGAAGCAAGAAGACAAAAGGGUGAUAUCGAACUUCGACAUGGGAGUCAAUGCAGGAAAGAGCGCUACAAUGAAGUUUCCUCUUGGGCAAUGGUCGGACAGCCUAAAGGGGAUGAAGAAAUGCAGUAUGAGACCAGAGGAAAGGAGACUGUCGUGCUGUAUGGGACUGGAAAGAAGUACAAAGCGAUCAUAAAACAUGAGCCAUUCUCAAUCGACUUUGUUCGCGAUGAACAAGUUCACGUGAAAAUCAAUGGAAAAGGGCUGUUAAAUUACGAACAUUGGAGACCGAAAGUGGAGAGAGAGAAGCCAGCAGAGGAAGGGAAGCAAGAGGGCGAGGAGGUCAAGCAAGAUGAGCAAGCGAAAGAAGAUUUAAAGAAGCGAGAAGAAGAGGAUGAGAACAAGUGGUCAUGGUGGGACGAGUCUUUUGGAGGAAACACUGAUACGAAACCAAAAGGCCCUGAGAGUGUCGCUUUGGACGUAACGUUUCCAGAGUAUGAACAUGUUUAUGGCAUCCCCGGACACGCAGGUCCACUCUCCCUCAAGGAAACGCGAGGAGCUUCUGGAGGAUAUAACGACCCCUACCGGCUGUAUAACACCGAUGUCUUCGAAUAUGAGAUGGACAGUCCCAUGACUCUGUAUGGCGCAAUCCCUCUUAUGUAUGCCCAGCGCAAGAAUUCGGCUGUCGGUAUAUUCUGGAUGAAUGCAGCCGAAACCUGGAUCGAUAUUGUUAAGGAGAAGCAGUCUUCGAAUCCACUAAGCCUUGGUAUUGGUAGCAAACUGAAUACUCGAACCCAUUGGAUAUCUGAAAGUGGCCUUAUAGAUCUCGUGGUGUUUAUGGGCCCUGAACCCAAAGACAUAAUCCAACAGUACACAGCUCUGACGGGAAAGCCACAACUUCCUCAGACUUUCUCAAUUGGCUAUCACCAGUGUCGCUGGAAUUAUGUUUCCGAUGAGGACGUAAAAGACGUUGACAAGAAAAUGUCACGGUACAGCAUUCCCUAUGAUGUUAUUUGGCUGGACAUUGAGUAUUCUGACAGCAAGAAAUACUUUACCUGGGAUAGCCACUCUUUCCCAGAUCCUAUUGGAAUGGAAAAACACUUGGACGUAUCUCAGCGUAAGCUAGUAGUCAUCAUAGACCCGCAUAUCAAGAAUGAGGGUGGUUAUGCUGUCAGCGAACAACUGAAGUCCCAAAACCUCGCUGUCAAGAACAAAGACAAUGAUAUCUAUGAUGGAUGGUGUUGGCCUGGCUCUUCCAAUUGGAUCGACUGCUUUAAUCCAGCAGCACGCAAAUGGUACAACGCCCUCUACACCUACAAAUCAUUCACAGGUACAUCCCCCAACGUCUUCCUCUGGAACGAUAUGAACGAGCCCUCCGUCUUCAACGGCCCCGAGACCACCAUGCCAAAAGACAAUCUCCACCACGGCAAUUGGGAGCACCGCGACGUUCACAAUCUGAAUGGUCUCACCUUCCAUAACGCCACGUAUGAAGCCCUUCUCGCUCGAGACAGUCCUCCGAAACGUCCCUUUGUCCUCACCCGCUCCUACUACUCCGGCUCCCAACGUGUUGGCGCCAUGUGGACAGGUGACAAUCAAGCCUCCUGGCCGCAUCUCGCUGCCUCAAUCCCUAUGCUACUCUCCAUGAACAUCGCAGGCUUCCCCUUUGCUGGUGCUGACGUGGGGGCUGGAGCCUUCUACCCCUUCUUCCGAGGACACGCGCACAUUGACAGUCGUCGACGCGAGCCCUAUCUCGCAGGGAGUCCUUACACGCAAAUCAUCACGCAAGCGAUACGGCUGCGCUACCAACUCCUGCCCGCCUUCUAUACGGCAUUCCACACCGCGCACACGUACGGCUAUCCUAUCAUGCGCCCGAAUUGGUACGUCCACCCUGACGACGAAGCGGGUUUCGCACUCGAGAACCAGUUCUACUUGGGUGACACGGGAUUGCUAGCCGCACCCGUCCUCACCGAAGGCGCUGAGAGCGUAGACGUCUACCUCCCAUCCGGGUACACUUACUAUGAUUACUUUACAUACACACCACACGUAGGCUCAGGCAAAACCGUCACCAUACCCGCGCCGCUAGACAAGAUUCCCCUGCUCAUGCAAGCAGGGCAUAUAAUCCCCCGUAAGGACCGGCCUAGACGCAGCACAGGCUUGAUGAAAUGGGACCCGUACACACUCCUCAUCGUGCUCGGUGGUGAGGGCAAAGCAGUAGGCGAACUCUACGUCGAUGACGGGGAGAGUUUCGAUUAUCAGAGCGGAGCGUAUAUACAUCGUCGAUUCGAGUUUGAAGGGGGGAAAUUGACGUCGAAGGCGCUGGCGAACCCGGGGGCUGGAAGGAAGGUGGCGAGAGAAUAUGUGAAGAGUAUGAAAGAUGUGGUUGUUGAAAGGGUCGUUAUUGUCAAUGCGCCGAAGAAUUGGGAGGGUGGAAAGCACGUUAGUGUUACGGAGGAAGGAGGGAAGGAGAGAAAGGUGGAGUUGCAGUGGUUCGAGGGAAAUGAUGGAGGGGUGGCUUGGGCUGUUGUUAAGAAUCCGAGAGUCGCGGUGGGAGUGGAGUGGGGGAUUCAAUUCUAG